AUGGAGUCUACUCCUAAACAUACCCAAAAGCCUCAUGCUGUAUUUAUACCAUAUCCUGCACAGGGUCAUGUCAAUCCCUUAAUGCAACUAGCAAAACUCCUCCGUUGCAAAGGUUUUCACAUAACCUUUGUCAACACCGAGUUCAACCACAAACGUUUGAUAAAAUCUCUUGGAGAAGAGUUUGUGAAAGGUCUCCCAGAUUUUCAAUUUGAGACCAUACCUGAUGGUUUGCCAGAAUCAGAUAAAGACGCAACACAAGAUGUUCCACAAUUGAGUGAUGCAAUUAGAACAAAAUUUUAUGCUCCUUUCAAAGAUCUUAUAAAUAAGAUUAACACUUCAUCACCUCAUAUUCCUGUUACUUGCAUAAUUGCUGAUGGCCUUUUGGGAUUUGCUGGACGAGUGGCUAAGGAAUUGGGCAUUCAAGAGUUACAGUUUUGGACAGCUUCUGCUUGUGGAUUUCUGGGAUAUUUGCAUUAUGAUGAACUUGUCAAAAGGGGCAUUCUUCCAUUCAAAGAUGAAAAUUUUAUUGUCGAUGGCACUUUGGAUCAAAGUAUAGAUUGGAUUCCAGGAAUGAAAGAUAUUAAACUAAAAGAUCUUCCAAGUUUUAUUAGAGUUACUGAUCUAAAUGAUAUUAUGUUUGAUUACAUGGGUUCCGAGGCACAAAACUGUUUGAAUUCAUCAACAAUUAUAAUCAACACAUUUGAAGAAUUGGAAGGUGAAUCUCUUAAAAUUUUUAGGAGAAAAAAUCCAAACAUAUAUAGUAUUGGUCCACUUCACUUGCUCGGAAGACAUUUUUUAGAAAAGGAAUAUGGUUUUAAAGCAAGCGGUUCAAGUUUAUGGAAAAGUGAUCCAAAAUGUAUAAAUUGGUUGAAUAAAAGGAAACCUAGCUCGGUCUUAUAUGUUAAUUAUGGAAGUGUAACUGUUAUGACAAAUCAUCACUUGAAAGAAUUUGCUUGGGGAAUAGCAAAUAGCAAGGUACCAUUUUUAUGGAUAAUGAGGUCAGAUGUUGUAAUGGGUGAAGAAACUUCAAGUUUGCCACAAGAGUUUUUAGAUGAAGUUAAGGAUAGAGGAUACAUAACUAGUUGGUGCUCUCAAGACCAAGUUCUUGCUCAUCCAUCAAUUGGAGUUUUUCUAACUCAUUGUGGUUGGAAUUCUACAAUUGAAUCUAUUUCUUCAGGUGUGCCUACUAUUUGUUGGCCUUUCUUUGCUGAACAACAAACAAACUGUAGGUAUUUAUGCAACACUUGGAAAACAGGAAUGGAAAUUAACAAUGAUGUGAAAAGAGAAGAGAUAACAGAACUUGUGAUGGAAAUGAUGGAUGGAGAAAAUGGAAAAGAAAUGAAACAAAAGAGUUUAGAGUGGCAAAAGAUAUCUAAAAAGACAACUGAUUUUGGAGGAUCCUCGUACAAUAAUCUUCAUAAGUUAAUUACUGAGGUUCUUCAUCACAAUUCUAUUUGA